AUGAACCUCUCCUCCUUCCGCCCGGUCUUCCGGCCAUUUAAAACAUCAGCCCGCGUACCCUCCGCCACCCCACGCCCCACACAAUGCCUCCAGCAAAGAACACCCGCAACAACAUCCCAAUUCUCAUCAACAUCACCAAUGCAAAAGCGCAAAAAAGGCCCCGGUCAAGAUCCUAGAAUCACAUCAAUCCGCUACCACCUCUCCCACCCGCUCACCCCGCGCCCCCUCCACUUCUCCCGCAACCGCUCCCUCCGUCACUGGACCAUCCACCGCGCCUGGCUCCUCUUCCUACGCAAGCGCCGCGCCGCCGAGCAACUCGAGCUCGAGCGCCAGUACAUGUCGAUGCGCGCCGCGUGCGAGCACCUGCGGCUCAUGGACAGCCACGGGAACCGCGUGGAUGAGAGCAAGGCCGGUGGGCAGGGGCCGGAUCCAGGCACGAUUGGUGAGGGAGGCAAGGAUGUGGGUAGGUUGUAUAGGAGUGCGAUGAUCAAGAGGGGGAUUUGGGGGAGUGUGCCUGUGGAGUAUGCGCGGUUGCAGACAGAUUAUCCGGGCAGGGAGGGGUGGAAUCAUGGGUGGACGAGGAAUUGA